GUGAACGUCCAUAACCAUUAAACUCAACUCUUUAAUGCUUUACUCGGCAGGAAAACCCCACUCCUCCUCUUUAGGAGGUUGAAUGAUUGCAGAAGAAGCUUGAAUGCAGAAGAUCUUGAAGAAGCAGGAUGAUGAUGGAAGAAGGGUCUCAGAGUUCACAAGCCCACACUGCAAUUCCUUCUGGUCGUGAUUUCAUCAGUAUCUUGUUUUCCUGGUCCUUGGAUGACAUCUUCAAUGAUCGUCUGAUACAGGUACAACCGAUUCCUCAUACUUUUGAAUCCACUGCGCAUUACCUCGGAUCAUAUGUCCAGCCUUUACUUGAAGAAACUCGAUAUCAGUUGCAAUCAAGUUUAGGGGAUGUCUCGAAAGCACCAUUUGCCGAGGUGGUUUCUUUGAGGGACUGCAAGCCUGAUGGGUUGAGAUUGUACGAUGUCGAAGUUGAUGGUUGGAAGAACCUUGGUUUGGCUCGUGAUGAUGACAAUGAGACUUACAAAACUUUGCCUGGAGAUAUUGUGCUUGUAGUCCACAGUAUGCCUGAAUCUGUUUUCGAUUUGCGAAAGGUGGACUAUCGCUGGACUCUUGGAUCGGUGACCUACGUAAGACAUGAUGACGAUGAAGAAGAUCGCGAACGCUUGAAGUUCAGGGUUGAGACUGCAAAAGACUUGGAAGAGGUUGGAAUGAAGAAACAAUGUUUUAUGAUUUUCUUGGUAAAUAUGCUCCCCCAUAGCAGAAUCUGGAGCUCAUUGCACUCGUCUGAGAACUUGAACAUGAUCAAGAAAGUUCUCUCUGCUGAAUCUGCGGUAACUGAGAAUUGCACCAAGUGUACUUAUCUGAGUGAUGGAAGCCUUGAUCGGGAAUUCCUUACAAAUUUACCUUCUAGUUUAAAUGAAUCACAAAAUGAAGCGAUUCUGGCUUGUCUUUAUAAGAUUCAGUGCUAUCAUAGUUCUGCUGUACAGCUCAUUUGGGGUCCUCCUGGGACAGGGAAAACGAACACUACUAGUAAUCUGCUGGUUACACUCUUGAGUAAGAAUUGGAGGACCUUAACUUGUGCUCCAACAAAUGUUGCAAUUAAAGAAGUGGCCUCUAGAGUUCUGAAGUUGGUCAAGGAAUCUAGAUCUUCUUCUUAUUCAUCAGCAGAUAUUCUGCUAUUUGGCAACAAGGAUAGGUUGAAACUAAGUUCAGAACUUGAAGAAAUAUAUCUGGACUGUCGGGUUAAAAAACUUGCAGAAUGCUUUGCUCAUCUAACGGGUUGGCAGCAUCAUCUCAAUUCAACCCUGGACUUCCUUGAAAAUUGUGUUCUUCGUUUCCAUGAGGAAAAUAAAAAGAUCCAAGAAAGGAAGAAAACUCUUGGAUACAGAAACAGAAAAGUAGACUUCUCCAGUGAGGCUAAUAUGAGGACAGAGAAGUGGAAUUCGUUUUUAGAGUUUGCCAGGGUCCGGUUCGACUCAAUUGCUGGAACACUGAGAAGAUUUUUUAUUUGCUUUUGCACUGAUAUUCCUGUGAAUUACAUUGGAAGAGAUAGAAAGGAAAACCUCUCGCUUGUUGCAGAGCUGCUCAGAUCUUUUCAGACUUUGUUGUCUCACGAUGACAUGAACUCGGAGGAGCUGGAAAAGCUUUUUUCAGAACCGGUGGAUUAUUCCUGUGGUUUUUCCGAUCUGGCUCUGUUGUUGAAUUUGAAAAGGAGUAAAUGCAUAGGUUGUUUAACGGCGGUGUAUAAAUCUUUAAGAGAGAUUGAUUUCCCAACAUCUAUGAAUUGGGGAGCUGUAAAGACCUUCUGUUACCAAAGAGCUACUCUAUAUUUCUGCACUGCAUCUACUUCAUAUAAUUUGCAUUCAGUUGACAUUAAACCAUUGGAUAUGGUUAUAAUCGAUGAAGCAGCACAACUAAAGGAAUGUGAAUCAGCAAUACCUCUGCAGCUUUCUGGUGUUAGGCAUGUUAUUCUCGUCGGUGAUGAGUGUCAAUUACCUGCUAUGGUUCGAAGCGAAGCUGCUGGUGAGGCUGGCUUUGGGAGAAGCUUAUUUGAGAGGUUAAGCUCUUUAGAGCACCGUAAGCACCUCCUAAAAACGCAAUACAGGAUGCAUCCAUCAAUUAGUUGUUUCCCAAAUUCAGCUUUUUAUCGUGGAAAUAUCAUAGAUGGAGCAAAUGUGAAGAGCAUAGCUUAUGAAAAGCAUUACCUCCCUGGGCCAAUGUUUGGUCCUUACUCAUUUAUAAAUAUAAGCGAUAGUACAGAAGAGUUAGAUGGGAGCAGCCAGAGGAAUAUGACUGAGGCAGCCAUUGUGCUGAAAUUAGUUCAGAAUCUGCAAAAUUCGUGGAGUGGCUCCAAAAAGAAUCUCAGCAUCGGUGUGAUCUCUCCAUAUGCUGCUCAAGUGACUGUUAUCCAACAGAAACUUGGUAGAGAUUGUGAAGGAAUUGAUGGAUUCUCAGUGAAGGUGAAGUCGAUAGAUGGAUUCCAAGGAGGAGAGGAAGAUAUAAUAAUUUUAUCAACUGUGAGAUCAAAUGCAACUGGAGCAAUCGGUUUCCUUAGAAAUGUUCAAAGAGCCAAUGUUGCUCUUACCAGGGCAAGGACACUGUCUCUGGAUAUUGGGCAAUGCAGCAACUCUGGUAAAGAAGACAUCAAUUUGGGAAAAGCUGGUCCAUGAUGCUAAGGAUCGUAAGUGUUACUUUGAAUCUGAGGCAAUGGAGAAAUAUAUUGAACUCUCAACUGCUAAUGUCUUCGACUCUACUUUUCCCCUUGAUUGGAGAGAGUCAUUGGAAGAGGAUGUCGUCACUUUGAGAAGAACUCAUCGUUGGAAGAGCUUUCUCAGAGAUGCUACUUUUGGAAACAGCAACAUAGUAGAGGGAAAGCUGUCUUGUCAUCAAAUAGGAAAGAUAGCUAUGACAAUUCUUGGGUCUGGUAAGCGCUAUUGUAGAUUACCCGAGAAAAUGAGUGAUGCUGUAAGGUGGAAUUUAUCGUGGAAGGCUUUGAUAGAAAGUUUAGGUCGGCCUCCAGGAUAUGAAGAUGUACCUGGCAAGCUAUCAGUGGAAAGAGCUUUGCAUGGAGCUUUAAGAAGUGCCUAUGAUGCCAUCAAGAGGGAUAAAGAAGAUGAGUUAGUUUCACCUGGAUGUUUCUUAUACCUUGUUGAGCUCCUGUUGAUACUGUUGUCAUCAUACAAGGGGCGGUUUAUUACCUCCCAGUCUUGCUGUGUUGAAUGGAUCCUCUUCAGGGAAGGUGUUGGGAACCCAAGUAUCAGUUUGAAUCGUCGAGAACCAGAAUCCAUGCGGGCCAUGAUUGAAUUCAUUGCCAGAGUGACCAGGGAAUUUCUCUACAGCAAGACGGAUACCACGGACUGGAUAAGAAAAACACAGUCCAGGGUUAAGGAUGAUUAUGGGUUUGUGGUGCUGAGGUUGUUUGCAAUUGCUUGUUUGGUGUAUCUGAACUUUGGAUUGGGAGCGGAAUUGCUCUUUGAAUUGCUGAGUUGGAAACAUAUCACUGAACAGAUUCCUAAAGAAAUUCGGCAUAUCCUUAUGAAGAGAAAGAAAGACAACUCCCUCAACUUGCUAUCUGAAGCCUUGGGAAUGGUUGGCAACCCUAUUGUGAUUGUCAGCUUGGAAGAAAAGUUUUCAGCACCACAAUGUACAGGUACCAUUCUAGUUGAUAUGAGCAUCAGGCAGAGCACUGAGGAGAUAUUACAAAUCUUGUUCCCAAAUAUGAACAGAUUUUCUGCAGUUGAAAAGCUAGAAGUAAAAUUAGGCACUAAGCGCUUGAAUCGAGAAACUGGAUGUGCUGAGAUUAGUCAAAACGCCAAUCAAGGGAAGAAGUCCAAGGUUUCAUCAGGCCUUCGCAGCUUGAGUAAUCAUAAACAUAAAGGUGGUAGCGACAACAGCAACAACAACGCUGGUUUGAAGCAAGAUCAAGUCACAGGUGUAACUGGGGCUUUGGAUUCUCUGAAACUUGAACAAGAUAAGGAGAAGGCAUGUCGAAACUUACCCUGCAACUAGCAGCUGGUAAUCGAAAGGUUUCUCAACAAGUUGCAUUGUGGAUGGUCAGAGAUACACAGGCCAUGGUUUUGGUAUUUUGAUGCUGGAGGUGGUGCAUAUGCUUUGAUCGUAGGAAGAGAGCCGGGUGAAGAUGAAUUGCUUGUUGAGUAAGGAUCAAGUUAUGUAAUUAGCUGCAUAUAUAUAGUAAUGAUUCAAUACAUAGUUGUAAGGAAUGUUCAUUAUAGGCGCCAACUGGCUUCGAUUUGAACAGGUUUUACCACAAAGCCUAAUUGGUUGAGAGAUGGCCGCAGACAUUAGUUUUUCAGUGGCUUUUUGCCGAAGUUUGAAGGUCUCCUUCAUGUGAUUUCUAUCAUUUCAGGCUUUGGCCGUCGUACUUUUCAGCUAGGAAGCAAUCUAGUUAAAAACGCAUUUAUAGGUA